GCAGAGGCAAACUGGUUGAGCAAAGAAGUCACGCGGACGGGAUUCGCACGCUAUAUCUCGGCUUUUAUCACGCGGAGGAACCUCGCGGAACGAGCUAUAUAAUUAUCAUCAAGUAACUUCAAGUGACCGCGCCAAGUGAACAUCGAUAUAAACGAUCGUGUACUCUGCAAGUGUCAUCCUGCGAGUCUCCUUCAAGUUGACCCGAGAAUUCAAGCCGGAUAUCUCGCCAUGCGAACUUCAAGCUAUUGGCUAUUGUUAACUGCGUGCACCCUCUGCGUGUACUAUUUGUGGAAGUGCGGCUCAAUCAGCUACUGGAGCUCGAGCAUGAGCGCCAAGGCGCUCAGCUACUUCGACCUGCCGAUCCCGUCGUCACUUGUCUCGUCGUCGUCGUCGUCGUCGUCGUCGUCGUCGUCGUCGUCGUCGUCGUCGUCGUUGACACCGCGUCGACCUUCCUUCGACUCGGCGCGCUGGCCACACGGCAAGACCUUGUCCGAGUACAUGCUACAGCUCUACCACCGACGCCCAGACACCGACAUCGUCAAGGCGAUUCAACCGUCGCACAUCUCCAAGCCGCUGAGUGACGGCGGUAGAAUUCUGGAGUUUACGAUUCCACCGGUCAACAGCCGCCGCAGUUUGGAGGCGGCGGAGUUGCUUGGGAUAGCCGGUGCGAUAGUCAGGGUGCGAUUGUUCCACGACGCUACGACGAGGAGCGCCGACACGCCGAAGAUCCUGCAGUCGCGGAAGGAUGACAUUUGGCGCGCCUUCAACGUGACGUCCGCCGUCGCCGGCAGGAGCAACGACACCAUCAGGCUCAACGUACACGGCAGGUUGACCUACCGUCCUUACGGCGACGUCCCGAUCCUCCUGUUGAACUACAGCAAAACCGACCUAGCCCCUCGCCAGCGGCGAUCCGUGCGCACGGAGCAGGAGCGGGAUCAGGAGAGCGAGCGGCGGCCGAGAGACAACUUCAGCCACAGACGACGUCGGGACAAUUGUCGCCGGAGUCCAUUGUACGUGGACUUCUCGCUGAUCACCUACGACGAAUGGAUCGUCGCACCGCCCGGUUACGAGGCUUACCAAUGUGUCGGCAAGUGUUUCUUUCCGUUGGCCGACCACCUCAGCCCGACCCAGCACGCAAUCGUGCAAACCAAGUUGCACGGGGCCCUUCAGCACCUUCCAAGAAACAAGAACAUGAGCGACAACAAGAUCGUCGGUCGAGCGUGCUGCGUGCCGACCAAGUUGACGUCCAUAAGCUUGCUUUAUGUGGGCGACGCAACAAACUCGGUAACUUAUGAGUAUGACUUUCAGGACAUGGUCGUUGUCGAGUGCGGUUGCCGUUGACACGGAGGUCGCGGCUCUUCCUCUUUAUUGUGGUGGUGGCUCUUGUGAAAGUCUCGAGUGGAAGUGUGAGGAACGCAUAUUAAAUAAAAAGAAAAAUACAUAUGGAUACCGACACGAAUCGCGGAAAGUCGAAAGCGAAGGCGAACAUUGUGCCUCCCAAUCGAAACGCGCCAAGUAUCAUUAAGUAGGUAAUCGUUAAGUCGUCGGAGAGAGUCCAUCGUAUUUGCCGUAAGCAAGUUAUAAAUUAUGUUAAACGUAAUUAGAUUGUAAGGAGAAAUUUGAAAAAAAUUAUUAUCGUAUAAAUGGUCGAAAUAUUAAAGUUAGUUUUUUUUUCCAAAUUUAUUGCAGCCGAUAAUGUCAAAGGGAUUAGAAAAAAAUUAUUAUUCUAUAAAUGAUUAAGACAAUUAUCCAAGAUCGAGUCUGAUCAAAGUUAGCUUUCCGAAUUUAUUACAGCUGAUAACGUCUCUCUCUCUCUCUCUCUCUCUCUCUCUCUC